CAUUACCAGAGGUGCUGGCCGUCUGGUAAGCCCAACCCUCAAAUCUGGUUUUUUCUGUAUCCACAUAUUAAAGAAAGCGAUCCGCCAUGAACCCCGACAAAUUCACGCACAAGACGAACGAGGCGCUGGUCGCGGCCCACGAGCUUGCCCUUGACUCCGGGCACGCCCAGAUCACGCCGCUCCACCUUGCCUCCGCCCUCGCCGCCGAUCCUAAUGGCCUCCUCCGCCAGGCCCUCGUCAACGCCUCCGGUGGCGCCGGCGACGCCGCAGCCCAGUCCUUCGAUCGGACCGUCGGCGUCGCCCUCAAGAAGCUCCCCUCCCAGUCCCCACCUCCCGACGAGGUUCCCGCUGCCACCUCUCUCAUCAAGGUCAUCCGCCGUGCGCAGUCCUCCCAGAAGUCGCGCGGCGACUCCCACCUCGCCGUCGACCAACUCAUCCUCGGUCUCCUGGAGGACCCUCAGAUUGCCGAGUGCCUCAAGGAGGCCGGCGUCAGCGCCGCUCGAGUCCGCGCCGAGAUCGAGAAGCUCCGGGGAAAGGAGGGCAAGAAGGUAGAAAGCGCGUCCGGGGACACCAACUUCCAGGCCCUCAAGACCUAUGGCCGCGACCUGGUCGAGGUCGCUGGGAAGCUCGACCCCGUCAUUGGCCGCGACGAGGAGAUCCGCCGCGUCAUACGCGUCCUCUCCAGGAGGACCAAGAACAACCCGGUCCUCAUCGGCGAGCCCGGCGUCGGCAAGACGGCCGUCGUCGAGGGCCUCGCGCAGCGGAUCGUGCGCGGCGACGUUCCCAGCAAUUUGCUGGAUGUCCGCCUCGUGGCGCUCGACAUGGGUGCACUCAUCGCCGGGGCCAAGUACCGUGGCGAGUUCGAGGAGCGCCUCAAGGCUGUGCUUAAGGAGGUGGAGGAGGCCGAUGGCAAGGUCAUCCUCUUCAUCGAUGAAAUCCACCUCGUUCUUGGCGCAGGACGCACCGAGGGCUCCAUGGACGCUGCCAACCUCCUCAAGCCGAUGCUUGCGAGAGGGCAGUUGCGGUGCAUUGGAGCAACGACGUUGGAGGAGUACAGGAAGUACGUCGAGAAAGAUGCCGCCUUUGAGCGGCGGUUCCAGCAGGUAUACGUGGCAGAGCCCAGCAUUGCUGACACCAUAAGCAUCCUUCGGGGACUCAAGGAGAAGUAUGAAGGACAUCAUGGUGUUCGAAUCCAGGACCGUGCUCUUGUGGUCGCUGCUCAGCUCUCAAGCCGCUAUAUUACCGGCCGUCACCUUCCUGACAAGGCAAUUGACUUGGUUGAUGAGGCUUGUGCAAAUGUAAGGGUACAGCUUGAUAGUCAGCCAGAGGAGAUUGAUAACCUGGAGAGGAAAAGGAUUCAGUUGGAAGUGGAAUUGCAUGCUCUUGAGAAGGAGAAGGACAAAGCUAGUAAAGCAAGGCUUAUUGAGGUUAGGAAGGAAUUGGAUGAUUUAAGGGAUAAGCUGCAACCACUGAUGAUGAAGUACAGGAAGGAGAAGGAGGGAAUUGAUGAGAUUCGCAGGUUGAAGCAGCGCCGUGAAGAGCUAAUGUUUACUCUAAAGGAGGCUGAGCGGAGGAUGGAUCUGGCUCGUGUUGCUGAUCUCAAGUAUGGUGCCUUGCAAGAAAUAGAUGCUUCUAUUGCAACGCUUGAGGGGGGUACCAAUGAGAACUUGAUGUUGACAGAGACUGUUGGGCCCGAGCACAUUGCAGAGGUUGUGAGCCGGUGGACAGGAAUUCCAGUGACAAGGCUCGGUCAGAAUGAGAAAGACAGGUUAAUUGGCCUUGCUGAGAGGUUACACAAGAGAGUUGUUGGCCAGAAUCAAGCAGUUGAUGCAGUAGCAGAUGCAGUGCUUCGGUCUAGAGCCGGUCUAGGUCGGCCUCUGCAGCCAACUGGCUCAUUCCUCUUUUUGGGUCCGACUGGUGUUGGUAAAACAGAACUUGCCAAAGCACUUGCAGAGCAACUAUUUGAUGAUGAGAAUCUUCUCAUCCGCAUUGACAUGUCAGAGUACAUGGAGCAGCAUUCAGUGGCACGCCUAAUUGGCGCUCCACCAGGGUAUGUGGGGCACGAGGAAGGUGGACAACUCACCGAGGCAGUGAGGCGGAGGCCAUACAGUGUCAUCCUCUUUGAUGAAGUAGAGAAGGCUCAUGUUGCCGUCUUCAAUACGCUCCUUCAAGUUCUUGAUGAUGGCAGAUUAACUGAUGGCCAAGGGAGGACUGUCGACUUCACGAACACUGUCAUUAUCAUGACUUCUAAUCUUGGCGCUGAGCACCUCCUUGCUGGAAUGGCAGGGGAAUCUUCGAUGAAGAUUGCUCGUGAACAAGUUCUGCUAGAAGUGAGAAGGCAUUUUAGGCCUGAGAUGCUUAACCGACUAGAUGAGAUAGUAGUCUUCGAUCCAUUGUCACAUGAUCAGCUCAGAAAGGUGGCCAGGCUCCAAAUGAAGGAUGUUGCGCUCCGCCUUGCUCAGAGGGGCAUUGCUUUGGCUGUGACAGAUGCUGCUUUGGACAUAGUCUUAUCUGAAUCCUAUGAUCCUGUGUAUGGUGCAAGACCAAUCAGGAGAUGGUUGGAGAAGAAGGUUGUGACCCACCUAUCCAGGAUGCUCAUACAGGGUGAGAUUGAUGAGAACACCACUGUAUACAUUGAUGCAGCCCUUGGGAGGAACGAGCUAUCAUAUAGGGUUGAGAGGAAUGGGGGGCUUGUUGAUGCGGCCACAGGGCGGAAGUCUGAUAUCCUUAUUGAGAUUGCCAAUGGUGCAGCCAAAACUGAUGCUGCUCAGGCUGUUAAAAAAUUGAAGGUAUUGUGUAAUGAGACUGACAAUGAUGUGGAUGAAGAGUUGGAAUGAGUAGUUGUUGGAUGCCAAGGAAUGGUCUUUUCCGGAGGCCAAAAUAAAUGGAAUAUUGUUUUAGUUGCUUUUUUCUUUUUUGCCAAGUUGGGGUUUAUCCACUGUACACUGAAAAUAUAAUAAGAAUGCCAUCUUAUGUGUUGUAC